AACGAACGAACGAACGAACGAACGAACUCCUGAGUUGUUGAGGCCGCCAAAAGUGACCUCCUGAUCGAACGCUGGACGUGAAGAGUGCUGCUCUACGGGUGACCCGUCAAUGGCCGGAGCAAGUGCGGAUCAUGCCUGACAUCCGCUCCGACCUCGUGCCCGUUCUCACCCGCCCCUAGAUGCCCCUCGAGCGUCUACUGCCCUCCGAUUCAUCCCUUGAUCAUCAUCAUCAUCAUCAGCCUCGUUCUUCGUAGUGUGGCUCCACUAGAGAGAGACAGACAACAUGGCCAAACUUCUGAACAAAGCUCCGGCUGAGUAUCAGGCCGAAAAAGAACGAUUUCAACAAGAACUCAAGCUAUUCCACGACGGAAAAGGGACCCCUUAUCGUCAUCUACCUACCAUCGAUGGCCUAGAAAUUGAUCUCUACAAGCUCUAUUGGGUAGUCACUGCCAGCGGAGGCUGGGAGAAGGUAAACUCUCGGGUGGGAUGGGAAGAAAUCGUGACACUUUUCGAGUUGCCCGAAUCUACGGCCAAUGCGGCUUUAGCUCUCAAGCAUACUUACCUCCGUUUUUUGGACGCUUAUGAAAAGCUUCACUUCUUGGGCGAAGAAGAGGAUGGAGAUGAUCAUUGGUAUAACGAUGAAGAGGACUCGAGAACGAGGAGGCAAAAAGUCCAGAAGAUCACCUCGUCCGUGCCUUUGUCCUAUAACCAUCAGCAGCAUCAAGUACCCGAUGAUCAUCGAGAAAUGUACAGCCUAUCCACCAAUGUGUACCGGAAAACCGACUAUGAUCGCUUGAUUCUCUCCUUGUGCUCACCUCUUCCCAAUGAACAAGACUUUGCCAUAAAUGUGUGCACACUCCUUUCGAAUGAAGGAAGACACACCCUCAAAUUGGUGAAGUGUCCUCGACUUCUUGAUCUUCUCUUGGCCCAUGCUGGCGUAUUUAACCAUGAAAACCUUACCACAUAUUUAAACGAGUUGUAUCGCUCUACCCGCCGCUACGACUUACUAUCGUUCUGGAGGAAUGCUUGCAAAGACAGUCUAGUUCGUGAUCUCAUGCUACAAGUGGCCUCGGGUGCUUUGUCCAAGCUGAAACAAGUGAAAGGUCGACAUCCUUUUGAGGACGACCAAGUUGAGGAGGAAUCCUUAGCACCCACUUCCGAGAACCAAUUGGCCCUUCUAAAACAACGGGUGGAGGACGAACUGUCCGAAGAGAGUGAUAUAUUUGCCUCGGGGACCGGAUUGGGAACCAAGGAAAUGGCGGGGCAGCGUAUCCUUCAAAUUGCCACCAUAAUAAGGAAUCUCAGCUUUGAAGAAGACAAUGCGAGCAUCUUGGCCAAAAAUUUGACCUGUCUCCGGUUUUGCUUGUUGUGCUGCAGUUCUUCGUGGAGCAACUUAAACCAAACCGGGUUUGACAUCAUCGGGAACAUUGCCUCAGAGAUCUCUCUGGAACCCAAUGACGAGAGCUGUUGCACGGAAACUCUUUUGUCAACACUGACCCAAUGUAUUAGCUCUCCCGAUCGAUUUCAAGUGAUUUCUUCCCUUGACAUUCUUUGCAAGCUUUGCCAACAGGAUGCCAAUGAAUAUUUUGUUGAGCAUGUGCUUGUUGCCCAGCAGUUUGUGUUCGACCAAUUAGUGAUGUACUUGUCGCUUCACGACAUCCACCUGCUCAUCAGCACCAUCGAAUGCCUAUACUCCUUAUCUUGCCUAGGCGAAUCGGCUUGUAAUGCUAUUGUGCGGACUCAUGGUGCCUUGGAUGCUUUAGUGAGCCUCGUCACAGUGGAGGCCCAAAGUUAUGGCCCCAAAGCUUGUAUACUGAUGAGAGUCGUAGAAACCGUGCCUGGAACGUCUGCGACUCAACAGCUACAACAACAACAACAGCAACAACAACAACAGGCCCAAUCUCAGUCUCCUGUUCAAGUUCAAAGUGCGUCGGCAAACUCUCCUCAGCAGACCUUGGCUCAAAUGAAGCCUGUCAUUACUACCACGGCUACGGCUCAAGUGAUUGUGAGUGCCCCAUCGUCCACGAGCACAGCGGUUCAAUUGAGUCAACCGCCUUUGCCUCAGCAACCGGUUCCUACUCGGCUUGUCGGACAAACUCCGCAAAUUUUGAGUAGCCAAAUCCGAGGCCAGGUAGUUCAAGUUCAGAGGCCGGGACAGCCAAACCAACCUAUGCUGCAGUUGCCUAGACAUCCAGUUCCCAUCAGAGCUGCUACGUCUACCGGCCAACCCAGUCAAGGAGUGAGACCGGCCGUGACCGUGACUAGUAUUGGUCAGACUCAAAAGCUACAAACUGCACAAGUGAUUCAGUUGCAAAGCGGUCAAAUUUUGCGCACCCAACAACCGCAAAUUGUGCAACAGGCCUUGCUCUCUCAAAACUCGUCACCGGUUCAACUACGACCCCUUGGUCAAGCUCAACCUGUGCAAUUGCAGCAACAACCGGCUAAACCAUUUCAACAACCCGGUCAGACUCCAGCACCGCAACAACAACCAACUCAAUCGUCCCAGCAAGUCCAACUACGAGUUUCUAAUGAUGAGUCUCACCGUACAUUUUGUCUGUCGUGGCUUCGAGCCACAUACGAGGCUGCUCCGGGAUCUCGUAUUCAGCACGAAAUCAUGUACAAACAAUACUUGGCUUCUCUUCAUAAAUUGGGACGACGCGAAGUCAUUUCCGCCCAACUCUAUGCGGCAUGUGUCAGAACUCUCUUUGGAGGCACUGUUGGUCCCAACAAAAGACAACUAGCAAAUGGUGCCUUUGAUCAUUUCUUCGAGGGAGUCAAAGUGCGACCACAGCCUUUGGCCUUGCGAAUACCAGCGGGUCAAAAUUCGACGGUUUUGGCGAAAAACGGGACCCACGUUAUGAAUCAAGGGCUCCAGCCUAACCAAGCUACCAGCCAGGCUCAGGUGAUAAAUCAACAACAGAUUGCCAGUCUCCCCGCUCCUGCCGUACCUGUGGUGUUAAACAGUGCACAUAUGCCAGUAUCUGUGGGUGGCCAAAUGAAUGCUAAAAUUGUUGUACAACAGCAACAAGUGCAGCAGCAGCAGCAGCAACAACAACAGCAAAUGCAACAACUGCAGCCACAGCAACAGCAAGUGCAACAGCAACACCUGCAGCAACAACAACAGCAAGUGCAACACCUGCAGCCACAGCAACAGCAAGUGCAACAACAACAACACCUGCAGCAACAGAAAACGCAACAAACUACGCAAAACGCGUCGAUGCCAACAACUGCCCAACAACAACCUGGUUCGCCCAUUUUGACAAACCUACUACACAGAGGAAGUCCAGGUCCUCCUGAAGCAAAUAAUCAAAAUGUUAAUGCCGUGAACCAUAUGGAAUCCCAAGCCAAUGUAGUGCGCCAAGUUCUUCAAUCAGUGACUUCUGCACCAUUGGAAAACAACGGAAUGUCCGUCUUAGAUGGAAUACUGCCAAAAGAAACCAAGUUUGGCAAAUUAGAGGAGUCAAAUGUUGCCAUUCAAGGACAUUGCAAAAUGGGUAAUGGCAUGUUAGCCAAUCUUUUGGACAAGAAAGCGGGUGAAAGUGAACCUCCCUUGGCCAACGGAAUAUCUAGCCAAGAGGUGCGAACCACCGUGGAAGGAAAUGGCCUUGGACUUGUCGCACAAGUGGAUGCUCAUAAAAUGAAUGGUGACGUGGACGUCUUGCUGAAGUCGUUAAAACGCCCUGCCACAUCAGGGUUAGAGCAUGCUGCUCCACCAGCCAAGGCAGCUCUCAUUCAUUCAAAUGGUAUGAUUCUUAACGGUCCAAUGGAAGUGUCAGUUAACGGCGGAGAGAGCCUUGUGUCUCUAUCAUCAACCACUUACACUCCCGGGGCUGUAGUUAACAAGCAAUCCGUGAUCUUAAACCGGGCUCAAAAAUUGGUUUCCCUUCCGUCCCUUGGCUCGAAUCCUGUCGCCACAGCGGUCAACAAAGACUCGUCAAAUCAGAUUCUAACGCCUCCCACUUCGAAGACCCUUAUCAUCUUACAACCUCAAAAUAAGAACACGGUGGUGUCUGGCGGAACUUCAAAUGGUCCACUCUCCAUCUCAAGCAUGCCCGUUGUAAAUGGUCAAGCUUAUCAGAAUGGAUCUUCCUCCAUCACGUCUUCUGUUGUCAACCCCGGUCGCAGUGCCCCAUUACCCACUGAGCCUCAGAUCAUUCAACUUCCUCAGACUCCAUCGUCUCAAACUAUCGUUCCUGGAGGUGGGUCAGUGGCUUCUGAGGCUACCAACCAUGCCCCUGGGGUCAACUCUGUCUCUUCUUCGUCAGCAACACCAUCGAUCCUCGCUCCAUUGACCUCGUCGAACUCUUCCCCGAGUUCAGGAACGAUGCCAUCAUUAUCAUCACUCUCGUCCGUCCCCAAUCCGGUGUCCAGCAAUAGCCUGUCCAAUACCAAUGCUGCAAAUGCCAACUCAUCUUCAUCCUCAACAGCAACAACAACAUCUUCAUCAUCUUCAUCGUCGUCUACUACUUCAACAAUUACAUCAGUACCUAAGGUCAACCCGCAGUCUCCCUUCUUGUGCGAGUGGAAAGGUUGUCUCACUGCCUUCAAAACCGCGAAAGAGGUGGAGAUUCAUGCCAUCAAAGUCCAUUGUGCAGAGAAUGAUGGGGAUAUGUCGUGUCUGUGGGCCAGGUGUGAUGGGAUGAAACGAAAGCGCUUUUCGCUCAUGACACAUAUUCAAGAUCGUCAUUGUCACCCUCAGUUAAUGAAACUUAUGGCUGUGAGGAGAGUCCAAAUUGCCAACACGGGAAAGAGUGACGUUCCCUUACCUCCUACCCCUCCAGCUCAUCCGGGUUACCCUCCCAAUGCUGCCUUACACGCAAUCAAACGACAUGCCGCCGAAUUUGUUGCACCCAAAGCUCAAGCUAUGACGGAUGAAAAAGAAGGCCCUGUCACGAAAAGCAUUCGGUUAACUUCUGCACUCAUUCUGAAGAACCUAGUCAUCUAUUCAAGCUUGGGGAAAAGCCGGUUAAAAUCAUAUGAAUCGCAUCUCUCGACUGUGGCCUUAAGCAAUGUGGAGUCAUCUCGUACCAUCAGCCAAAUUCUCUUUGAGAUGACGGAAAGCGACCAAAAGGGCAGUUAGUAUUCGCCGCCAUCACCUUCAAUCAGAACCAAAAUCAAUGUCAAUGCCGAGCCAGAUAUCCCCAAAUUAAAUCUCAACCAUGCUCAGCAACUCCACCAUAGAAAAUGAGAGAAAAAAAGGAAGAAGAACGAAGAACGAUCCAUCGGAUCCAUCGGUAUUAAUGACUGACAUGCGCAAAAUGGUAAUCUCAGCAAGGGAGGAAAACACUGGACCCCGCUUCAAUCAAGUAUUGCUCCUUAUGCAACAUCAGUAUCAUUUCCACUUCGAGUGCCACUUUAAAUCUAAAUCUUUUUUUGCUGUCAAAAUAAGGAGCACGCCUGACUUCGAAAGAUCGUCGGACAUGUGGAGUGUGUUUUUGGAAGGGAUAAUUAAAUCAUAUUAUCGAGGAACCGACUACGUAUAUGAUUAACUACUACUUCUACCGGUUGUUGGAUACAGCAUUACCGACAAUUGUUUUGAUGAUGAUACCAAUGAUGAUAGUGGGUGUGUCAUUAUUCCAGUAUGAAAAGUGAAGAAAGACCGUAAUUUAUUGUACUAUUUGUAAACCACUCAUUUGGUGUUAAACAAAAAAAAAUCACCGAACCCGAUUGUCCUUGGAGCCCACCUCCCAAAAUAUUUACAACCAAGGAGAUUGAUUUGAUGCAUUAUUUGAGUACUCUGUUUUGAAGGCUAGUUCAUGAAAACAGCGAAGUCGCAUUUUGUCCUCAAGAAGAAAAAAGCAACAACUUGACGAUAACAGAAUGUUGAUUUUUAUAUUACAGAGAAUAAAAGCUCUUGACCUAUGUGUA